AUGCCUUUUUUCAUAUCCCUUUAUGCAGGCGGUCGGAGAAAGCAACUUCCAUUUCGGAGGCAAAAAGUGAACAUUGAUACACUAGUCCCGGAGAAAAAAUCUGACAAUAGUGCGUAUUGUUGCUCGAUUGCCAGGCUGUGGCACAUUACUAAUCCCACGGAUCCUCAGGAGAUAAAUCUUUUGGACUUGGCCACAAAGCGAUGCGAAGAUCUUGAAAAACAGUUAGAGCGAUUGGAAGAAGAGUUGACGUUAAAUGAGAAGAAGAUAGAAAAUUUUCGUCAUCAGGUAAGUUUGCGCGAUGCUGAAAUCGAUCGACUUCGCACCAUCACCGAAGGUGGCCGUCCACUGGAAGCAGUUAUCCAAGACUCCACGGAACGACAAGCGGACAGAGAAAUACAGCGACUACAGAUACAAGUGGAUCUGCUGCAAGCUAGAAACGCGGAACUUGAGUCUCACUUUAUCAAUACGAUAAACAAAGAGCCUAUAGAACAUUGCCCUCCGUCUCAAAAGAUUUCCCUUGCCAUGUGCUCAGUAGAAGUUCAGACCUUCUCUUCGGUAUUGCCUGGUCAGACAGAUGUAUCCUGUCAAGCAGUUUUUCCUGAUCACCCCUGUCUUUCCCACAUUAUGUACAAUAUGAAGCAUAUUCAACAGCUCCUAAAUGGUAUUGACAACGGCCGAAAACUCUUUAUAAAACGCCUCGAUGCCUUGGCUAACCGUGGGACUAAGCCAAUAACGGAACUCACAGCCAAAACCGCCGUUUCCCGGACACCUCGCCUUCAUGAUCGGGAGAAGCAUCUGGAGGCUCUGAAGGAGGCCUAUGGUAAACACAUUCAAAGUUUAAAAAAUGACUGUCAAUAUUGGCGUUUUGAGGCCCAUACCGUUAUCACUGCUCUGCGCCAAAUCACUGAGGCGUUUUGUAACCCUCAGUUGAUAACCGGUUUAUUGGAGACACAACCACCGCCUCAUCCCUCCCAUAUCAAUGGAUAUCUGCGUGACGUUGCCCGUCAAGCAACUCCGUGUGUUCCGCAACGACGGACCCUCACUCCUCCGCCUCACAGGAUUCAAUCCAGUGCGAAAUGUGAGCGUCGUUCGGCAUCCUUAGAUUUAUCGACCGAGCCGGAGUCCCUUAGCUCUGAGCUUCAAUCUACCCAACUUGAAAGAGACCAUUAUCGUCAAUUGCUCGACACAGCUCGCCACAGUAUGCGAAACUCUUUGCAAGGCCGACUCAAGCACCUGAGCUUGAUUCAGCGAAACCUCGGUGAUUCAGGUGAUGUCUCUACGGAAGUCUCACGGCUACGCCAAGAGCGUGAUAAACUUCAUUCUUUGAUGGGCAAAUUUGAACGUCAGUUGAGUGAUAUACAGAGCAACGUACGUGUUCUGACUUUGGAACGCAACCAGCUUUACGAACAACUUGAGCAGAGCCGCAAGGAACUGUCUUCUGCUCGCGACCAGUUGGCAAGAUUAGAGGAUUCUCGGAAUCAAGCAUUGCGAGUCACCCACUGUUCUCUUACGCCCAACACCACUUCUGAUCAUUCUCAAUGUGUUCACUCGUCUCCAAGCUCUACUCGUUCUAUGCUACUUCGCCUCGAGCGCGAUAGAGAUCAGCUUGUCGAUGAGUUGCGACACAUGACCUCUGAGCGGGAUUCUCUACGUGACCGCUUGCAUGAUCUCACGGAGAAAAGCUUAAGCGAAAAGGCACGGUUGCUGCAGCGGUUGGAUGAUGCCGAAAAGGAAUUAAACAGCCACAAACAAACGCCUGAAGAUGAUGCUCUCCAUUCCGCCGAGAUGACUCAUCGAGUCAACGCACUCGAGGCUGAGAGACGCGAACUGUUGGAUCGCAUUGAUUGUCUCGAACAGUCCAAAGCGAAUGAUCAUCGGCUAAAAACAGUUGAACGCAACCUUCAGACGAUUCAGACGCGGCUAAAUGAGGUUCAAAUGGAAUGUGAAGGUUUACGGGAGGAAGCAGUCCGUCUGCGACGAACUAUACGCCAAAUGGAUGGCGAAAAAGAUACACUUCAAGCGGCACUGGACGAGCGUACCGAACGUUGUGCCGCAUUGGAACGUGAGUUCGCGAAGGUUGAACUCCAACUGCAUGAAUACCAAAAAUCAAGUCAGACGUUUGAGCAACGUGCACUGCGUCUCUCCAAAUCGGUGGUACAAAAGGAUGCCGAGUUCCGGGAGUUGAGUGAGCGCGCGGCUUUCUUGGAGGUAGAGUUAAAGCAAGCCAAGGAAGCUCUAGGACAUGCUAACCUUGAAACGCAGCAAGUCAAAAAUGAUCUUGGUGCGGCUGUGAAUGAAUCACAACAUUUAUGCACCCAAUUGAGAAUGGAGUCUGAGAAGCUAUCGGAUUUACAGAGCCGCCUUGAUGCUUCUAACGCAGAGCUCGCUGUCUCCAAGGAGAUGUCAUCACACACCGAACAAGAGAGAAUAAAUCUGCUGAAGCAAUACCGGGCGCUAACCUUAGAGCUGAACGAUAAGGCUGACUGUGUCGAACGUUUGGAGAGCCAAAUGAGGGACGUACAGCACACUUGUUCGAUUCGGGAACAGGAAGCAGCCUCUUUGCGGCGCCAGGUUGAUGCGAUGCGCAAGGAAAUAGCGGACUACCAAGAGGUUGUUGGUACCCUUGAAUCUCAGUGUGCCCUGUUUAGCCGUGCUGCUUCCGAGUCUGAAGAACGGGUUCGCCGCCUUCAAGCAGAAAACGAGGAUGUCCACCGUGAAAUAUCCGAUGUCCGCGCACUUUGUGAUCAUCUUGAGCAUCAGUCCCGCAUCCAUCAGCAGUUUGUCACUACAAGUAAUCUGGAAACGGGACAACUGAAGGCCCAACUGGCUGAGGCGGAGCGCGAAGUUUGCAGCUUGCGAAAGCAGGUCGACCACGAGAUCGGGACUAUACGGAACCUGGAAACCAUACUGGCUUCCACUCGGGAGGAAGAACUCAAGGCUCAGCGGAAUUUGCAGAACUAUCGUAUGGAGCUUCAGUUCACGCGUGAGAAACUGGAACAGCGCACCAGAAGCCUUACUGAAACUGAGCUCGAGGUGCACAAUCUGCGCAGUCAGCUUGCUUCGCUGAAGAUGAAGUUGAAUUGGCCGCGCACUGGUGCGAACCGGGCGAGUCGUUCAUACGGUGACUCUUUUGAACCCUUCAUGGAAUCGAAGUUCUCGAAUACCUCUUGCAAUCCGGUCAUACUAGAAGAGAAUGGGGUCACUGGAGGUGAACACCUUGAAGAAGCACCAAGACCUACAGACACUGGUGUAUCCAACUCGGCCGCCCUACAAGACGCUUCAUCUGUUGAUUCGCUGCUCACUGAUAGCAAUACAAAUGGAUUGGACGCUGACCUCACUGAACCAAAUUAUAGUCCGUUGGAGCGUGAACUUGGAAGGGUUGCGUGUUUUGUAACUUUCGCGCUGCAACCCGCUUCAAAUUGUGCACUAUCCACUGGGGUACCGCUUUCUGGAAACAGCCAUCCUCCUGAAACCCAUCAAAGUUCCCGGUCCAUCUCGUCUGAAACAGGUUUUACAACAACCGAUUUGACACGCACGCAGCAGGAUGGAAAGGAUCGAUCCGAUUCGCAAGAUACCAUUACUGGUCUUUUCCUUUCUUAA